AUGUAUGCCUCGAUUAGGAACGACAGGAACAGUCUUGGAGACCUAGGAUGCGGGCCUCCUGCGCUGGGGCUCGGUCGCUCUCGGGCCAAGGGUCUGUUCACCGCCUUCCUCAACGUUCACACAGUGCCUCCAUCCCGUCCCUCUUCCCUUGGGCCGCGGAACCUCGCGCGAGUCCGCGUUGCCACGGCGACGCGUCGCGUCACAGCCCGGCGCGCCCGACGGGUUCCAGGCGCCAGCACAGCCCCUGGGGCUCACGGUUCGUGGAGGACAAAGCUCUUAGCUGCCCACAAGAGCACAGUCGGCCUGUGGAUAUGUGUAUAUCAAGGUUUUCUCCAACGUCCGGUCCUGCCUAACAACUCACAGCGAACACCUAGGAAACCAUGGGGGAAACCGUGUUUGCAGCUGAGUAUCUGCCGGAGUCACUGCACGUCGGCUCUGAUCCCGAAGCCCUUUUCCCGCUGGCUAGUUCGGAGAAGUCAAACCAGUGUCCUCCACGAGCUCUUCCACCCAUGCCAAGUGGUGUUAAAGAUACUCUUCAUCCCUGAACAGAGUCACCCAGACCACCGACUGGUUUGUAGCUCAGUAAUAGAAAGUAUACCUUCAUUUUUCUUUUUUCAUUUUUGUUGUUGUUGUUUGCGACAGGGUCUUACUACAGAGUUCAGGCUGGCCUUGAACUCACUGUGUACCCCAAGCUGGCCUUAAACUCAUGAAUCCUCAGCCUCCAAAGUGCUGGGAUUGCAGGCGUAUACGUCCAUGCCCAACUUUUUUUUUUUGCAUUUUUCUAAAUUAUUCAGGAUAGGUAAAGUUAUGCAGCAUUAACCAUCCCAAAAUCUCACUGACUUCAUAUCAUGCAGGACUGUUACAAAUAAUCUCAGGGUUAGUUGCAAAGUCCACUAAUGGUGCAGUGAUGUAAUGAGAUCCAGGCUAAUUCUGUCUUGUGGUUCUGCAAGCUUAACUUGGAAUUCCUUCAGUUGCCACAGCAGCUAGCCUUUUCAAUGUCUUGGCCUCAAAUGACAUGAAUCACUUUUCCCGUGAAGUACUAACCAAGCCCUUCUCUGCUUAGCUUCUGAGGUCAGACAGGUCGAGUCCCCUGAACAUGGCAUGGCGUUAGAAUCGGAUCACUUCUGCUCAUGGCCUAGUGGCUAGAACCAGGCAUAGGCAACUUAGAGGGCAGCGGGCUAGGAAGUACAGGGAUUGGAUGAAUAUUUGUGGAGCUUGCUUUCUGUGUCAUAGUUGCAAACGUUACUGACUGCCAGUGCAUCACUGGUACCACAUUGUGGGCUGUCUUUGACCUUGUCAGUGUUUCACCUUCUUCCCCUAAUGUGUAGAAAGUGAUGAAUGUAGGGGAGAGACGGAAGGCUUCCGAACUAAAAGUUCUAGCCAGCUGUCAUGAAAUCAACCAAUAACAAAUGUUGGUGGUGCUGUGGGGAAAGAGGAACCCUGCUCCAGUGC